GAUGCUUAAGCUGUGCGGCUGUGCCUCGCCGAAUCAAUCGAAGGAGCCAAACUCCCCCAAUCGCAAACGAAACCCUUCUUCUUCUUCGUCGUCGUCGUCGUCCACUCUCUUACUCCCCUCCCAACCCCCAUCGUCGCCAUGAUCGGAGUCGACGAAUCCAGGGUCCUUUUCUCCCUCCUCAGCGCCGAAUCCCGGCCCUUCGAGGAGAUCGUCGCCGAGUUCCUCUCCCGGUUCCCACGCGAAGCUCACUUCUGCGCUUGCUGCUCGCUCGCCAUGCUCUUAGAGGACAAGGAGAUGCUUAAACCUAGCCAGCGGUUGAUUGCGUUUGCUAUCCUCGAACAGACCUAUUCCUCUCAGCCUGCCUCUUUGAAUCCGUUCAUUUCCUUUCUUAUCAAUGCAGCUUGUGAUGAAGCUUCUGAGAAAUCAGAAAUGGCGUUUAUUCAACUAAUAUUGGGUUCGCCUAGUGGAAACAAUAACAAAGAGGUUCUGAAGCAGGCAGCUGUAGAUUACAUCAAAGGAUUUGAUUCAAGUGCUCAGGUCUUAUCGCAACGUGAACAACUUGAAAAACAGCUUUGUGAUGAUGUACAGACCAAGCCGUACACUAGCUUUUUCAGAGCUGCUGCUGUUAGAAAUGUUAUACCAGACCCAGACUUACCUCAAGGCUGCGCUUCAAAUUCGUCAGACCUUAAACUUUCACCAGCAGGAGCUAAACCAAGAGUUGCCUCUGAAGACAGAGAUUCUGCUGUUACCGAUUUGCUGCAGAAUUUAUCCUUUGAUGGGUUGAGUCCUCAGUGGAUAAGGCCUGCACCCCCAAGGCUACCAAUACUGGAAGGAGAGCUUGUGUGGCUUAACCCUGACAACAACCAUGAGCUAUUGUGGGACUAUAGCAUGUGUACUGACACCAGCAGAGGAGCUGCACUCCGAGAUUUGAUUGCAAGAGCCCUAAAAGGUCCACUAGCACCUGCACAACAGGAGCAAGUUGUGGUCGAAUUGGCGAAAGACCCUAAGCUAGUUUAUCAUUGCGGGCUUACUCCCAGAAAGCUACCGGACCUUGUUGAACACAACCCGCUUAUUGCUGUUGAAGUUCUCUCAAAGUCGAUGAAUUCUCCUGAAAUUUCUGAGUACUUCUCAGUUCUUGUCAAUAUGGAGAUGAGCCUUCAUUCUAUGGAAGUUGUGAACAGGCUUACAACUGCAGUUGACCUUCCAACGGAGUUUGUUCACAUGUACAUUACAAAUUGUAUAGCUUCGUGCCAAAACAUCAAGGACAAGUACAUGCAAAACAGACUUGUUAGAUUGGUGUGCGUUUUUCUACAGAGCCUUAUCCGAAACAAGAUCAUUAAUGUUCAAGAUCUCUUCAUUGAAGUUCAGGCGUUCUGCAUCGAGUUCUCGAGGAUAAGAGAGGCAGCGGGCUUGUUCAGGCUGCUCAAGUCUCUGGAAUGAACUGCUACCAUACCAUCUCUAUUUUCUUAUUUAUCUGCAGAAAUUCGGUUUCUUAUCAAUCAUCCGUGUGUACAUUCUUCCCGGCUGUAGUUGUUUGUCUAUGGAACAAAAUGUUAAAUCACCCUUGAACGCUCAAAUGUCAUUUACAGCUAUAAGCUAUUUGUAAGCAUAUUGUGUUGAUUUCACAAACUAAAUUCGAAUCAUAAUACUAGUUUAACUGUUUACUGUGCUA